AUGAAACAAAAGCUUAAUAUUUUAGAUUUAAAAAGUGUUGUAAGCGAGCUACAAAAAUUAAUAGGAUUACGGUUGCAAAAUAUAUAUGAUAUUUCAGAGCGUACUUUUCAAUUUAAGUUUGCAACAUCAGGACAUAAAGAGCAUCUUCUUGUGGAAAGCGGAUCACGGAUCCAUUUAACAUGUUAUGUCCGUGAAACAGCGGCAUUACCUUCUCAAUUUUGUGCAAAGCUGCGAAAGCAUUUGAAAUCAAAGCGUUUAGUAUCUUUAAAGCAGAUUAAUAGUGAUAGAGUAGUAUAUCUUGGUUUUGGUUGUGGAUCUGAAACUGUAGAAUUAUUUAAGCCUCAGUAUUAUCUUAUUUUUGAAUUUUACGCUGCAGGAAAUAUUCUUUUAACAGACAGUGAUAUGAAAAUACUUUCUCUUCUUCGACUUGUGCGUCCGGGGGGGAUGCAUCAACAGUUUUCUGUUGGCCAAUUGUAUCAAAUUACACCUACUCCUCAAAAUAAACAAGUUGAAAAAAUGACAGAAGAUGUUUUACGGUCUUUAAUAAAAACAUUGAAAGACAAAUAUUUAAGUCCAAAAGAAGAGCCUUUACCUAAACAAAUGAAUUUAUCAACUUCUUUUAAAAAAACGUCAAAAAAGGAAAAAAAACCAAGAGAGCUUCCUUUAAAAAAAUUGGUUUCUUGGGAAUUAAGCAAUUAUGGAAAUGCGCUUAUUGAGCACAUUAUAAGAGAUGCGAAUAUUGAUCCAGAUAUGAAAAUUGACGAAUUUUAUCAUAAUAUAGAAAGUAUUAAUUUACAGCAUUUACUUUUAUCGUUUCAAAGAGCUGAUGAUCUUAUCAAGAAAUGUGAAGAAGGUUCUGUCACAGGAUAUAUCGUUGAAAAAAUUGAAUCAAAAACUAGGAUCAACUUAAAUGAUAUUACAUUAGAAUCUACACCAGAUCCUGUGAAGAUAUAUGUAGAUUUUAAUCCGUUUAUUCCAAAACAGUACUCUAAUAAUCCAAAUUAUUCUGUUAUUACAUUUGAUGAUGGAUACAACAGUUGUAUAGAUAAAUAUUUUUCUUCAUUAGAAUCUCAAAAAUUUGACAUGAAGUUAAAAAACCAAAAAGAUAUUGCUUAUCGGCGUUUACAGAUAACAAAAGAAGAACAUCAAAAAAAGAUUGAUGAUUUACAAAAAUUUCAAAAUAUUUGUAUAAAAAAAGCAAAAGCUAUUGAAGAAAAUCAAGAAAUAGUUGAUGAAACUAUUAAAGCGGUUAACACUUGUGUUUUACGGAGUAUGGAUUGGGAAGACAUUGCUAAAUUAGUAAAAACAGAAAAAGAAUAUGGUAAUCCUGCUGCAGAAAUAAUAUUACUUCCUCUUAAAUUAGAAUCAAAUACUAUUACAAUUCAAUUACCUUGUCCACACCUAGAUGAUAAUAUCUAUGAAAAUGAUUCAACAACUGGUCUGUUUAAUGGUCAAAAUGAUAAGACGGAAACGUUAAAUAUUGAUAUUAAAUUAUCUUUAAAUGCAUGGACAAAUGCUAGAGAUUAUUAUGAAAAAAAAAAAGCAGCAUCAGUAAAAGAGGAGAAAACAAUAGCUGCAUCUUCUAAAGCUUUGAAAAAUGCAGAACGUAAAAUUAACUCUGAUUUGAAAAGAAAUACUGCACAAGAAAAAAAAAAGUUAGUUCCUAUGAGAAACUUACAAUGGUUUGAGAAAUUUUUGUGGUUUAUUAGUUCAGAUGGGUAUUUAGUAUUAGCAGGACAUGAUUUAUUACAAAACAAAAUUUUAAUCCAAAAUCAUUUUUCCAAAAAUGACAUAUAUGUGCAUGCUGAUUUGAAAGAUGCUGCUGUUGUUAUUAUUAAAAAUAUGAUUGAUUCAUCCUUUGUUCCUCCAAAUACUCUUAACCAAGCUGGAGCAUUUUCAAUAGCUAAAUCAAAUGCAUGGACUAGUAAAAUUGUCACAAGUGCAUGGUGGGUUUAUUAUGAUCAAGUUUUAAAAGUUGAAGAAAUGGAAGAAUAUUCAACUGUAGGAACAUUUAUGAUUCAAGGAAAAAAGAAUUUUUUGCCUCCGUCGCAACUUAUUCUUGGAUAUGGGAUUUUAUGGACUAUUGAUGAAGUUAGCAAAGCACGUCGUCUUGAAAAUAAGUUGUCUAAAAAUAAUGAAAAUGAGUUAUCAGUUCAUACGAUAUCAAAUGAAGCAGCGUCUAUUACGGAAGAAAUAGCUGAUUUUUCAUUAAAUGAUAAGGAACAGAAAAUGAAUACUAAUAAUCUUAAAAUAGAAGAUAAUUUUAAUAAUUUUGAAGAAACUAAUAAUCAAGAAAACUUGCCAAUAGAUUUAAAAGAUAUACUAGUAAAAACUACACAAGAAAUAAAAAGUGAAGAUAAAUAUGGUGUAGAAGAAUAUGUUGAGCCAUUGAUAUCAAAUAAUCAAAUUAUUUCGGAUAUAUGUGCUUCUUACCAGAAAAUAGAAAAAAAAAGAAUAAGUAUAAAGGAAAGACGAGACAUGAAAAAUAUGCGUACAAAAAAAAAUCAAGAAUUAAAUGAGAAUACAGAAAAGAUAAAGCAAAAAAAAAUUGAAUCAGACGAUAUAGAUCUUAAUCAAAAUAAUUCAAAUUUAAAUUCGGAACAAAUAGAUACAAGUAAAUCAAAAGAAAAAAAUACUUCCCUAUUAUCGACAAAUGUAAGAGGGAAAAAAGGGAAAUUAAAAAAAAUAAUGCUUAAAUACGCAGAUCAAGAUGAAGAUGAUAGGGCUUUGCGAAUGGAGUUACUAGGGUCUAAUAAAGUAUCUAAAAAAAAAGAGAACUUGAAAGAUAAUAAAAAUAAAAAAAAAGUUGUUGCUAAUAAGGAAGUGAAAGAACUUUCUCAAAAAGGAAAUUGUAAUAUUGAACAAAUGGUUCCUCAAAACAAUCCUAAAAAAAAGAACAUACUUUUACAAAAAAAAGACAAUUCUAAAACAUCUGAAGAUAAAAAAGAUUACGAAAUAAAUCUGGAUGCACUUGUGUCUUUUCCACUACCCGAUGAUAUAUUGAUCGAUGCAAUUCCUAUUUGUGCACCAUACUCUUCUAUGGCUAAAUACAAAUAUAAAAUUAAACUGCAGCCUGGAUCUACAAAAAAAGGAAAAGCAGUACGCAGUAUUCUUGCAUAUUGGGAUUCUUUGCCUGUCGAUCCACAUUUAAACGACAAAGAAAAGGUUUUUCCAAGAGAAAAAGAACUUAUUCAUUCCCUUAGGGACUCUGAUCUUCUCUCCCCCCUCUGUGUUCCUUCAGUUAAGAUAAUGAUGGGGAAAAACGACAUUAAUACUCGUGCAAAGACUAAAGCUCAUAAACACAUUUGA